AUGGCUUCCGACGACGAGACCGUCCAUCCCUUCGACAGUAUCAGCAACGUCGGGUCCCGGACACCAAGACGUCCACCACCUCGACGCGACAGUCAGCCGAAUGGACCCUCGCAGGCGGGCUACCAGACGAUCACCAUCACGAACAGCCGUUUCCAGAGCGUCAACAGUGAGAAUGCCACUCCGAGCAUUCCACCAAGUCCUAACCCGCAACAAGACAUGAUCGCCAUCCGCGCACCGGGCAAGGACUUCACCACGCAUGAAAUCCCCCGUGCCGCUCUCGCCAAUGCCCUGCCGGGUGUCAUGUCCCAUAUCCGGGACGACAACACCCUCUGGGUCGUCGACGCACUCAAUCUUGAGGUGCUCACCCACAGGGAGGACCACACGCGCAAGGCAAAUUUUUACACGGCGUGCCGCCAGAUCUUGGAUUUCGUCAUGGACAGGGGCACGCAUGGUACUACCGACAAUCAGCUCUGCGCAGAGAUGCGCAAGCACAUGGCGCGGGACGGCGCGCAUGAGAGCAAGCUGGCCGACUGCGUGGGGAUGUAUCAGAUGCAAGCGCUCCUCUUGACUUCUCGCGCUGGGCUCUAUGCGUCGCCUUGA